AUGGCACAUUCAGGUUCAACAGGUGUGCCUGGCCCUGCAGGCCGCAGACUUCAUAUCGCCCAUCGCCGCAGUCCAUCAGAGUUGACACCACUUAUGAUGGAACAACUUGCGCUUCAACAACAGAUUGAAUUGCUUCAGCAGCAGCAACAACAGAUUGCUGCCACACAUCAGCAGUAUGUGAAUAUGGGCAUGAUCCAGCAGCCUUUGCAAGGCAUGCCAGGUUAUUCGCCCAUCCAAGGUCAAUCUGCCUUGGCCGGAAUGUCUCCAAACAACACCAAUUUUCAAUUUCCUCAACAUCAGCCACAGAUGGGAAUCCCCCCCAAUCCGCCUGCGCCGCCUGCUGCUCAUCGCCGAAACCAAUCCGCUCUUCCGGGCAUGGCCAUGGGGCCACCACCUGCUCCAUCUGCGGGACAAGCUUAUGGCGACUUCAAUCAGCAAGCUAUGGGCCAGAACCGUGAGAAUAGUGGCGGUCGUGGAAGAGGAGGUCCUACACAAGGUGGCCAUGCUCGACGUCAUUCACUUGCACUUCCUGAAGCAAAGAAAGCUGCAGAACUUGCCGAAAAGAAGCGAACAUCAGCAGGCUUCCAGUUUCCCAUUCCUGGGGCUGGCGGCACGGUUGAGAGUCCCGUCAUAGCCACUCCAUCCGAUGACAAACCGGCAACGCCGGCCGGUCCACAAGGGCUGGGUUUACAACGCGCUGGGAAUGCCAGAGUUAUGGGUCAUAGCCGGAGUCAAAGUAUGGCUACAGGAGGUGCUCGAGGCGGUGGUGCGGCCGGCCGCGGUGGUGCUGGUGCUGGUUUCCAAUUUCCACCUCCGAUGGGUACCACAGAAGGUGGCUCAGGUCAAGGCAAUCAGUCCGACCUCCAGCGUCGUGGAAGCCAGAGUAGCCACACAAGACAAGGUUCACGAAACUUUGACGGCAACUGGCGUCAACAGAACAAUCAGCAGAAUAAUGAACAGCAGCAACAGCAAAUGGGCCAGUUCACCCAGCCGCAAGGCUUAAGUGCUGGGGGAUUCCAACCGGGCCACCGAGUUCGCGGUUCAAUGAAUCAGUCUAUCGGUUCAAUGAGCGGGUUCCAGUAUCCUGGCCAGCCGCAGUUGGUUCAAAUGCCCCAAGGGCAAAUGAUGAUGCCACCGCAGAUGUUUGCUGGUCAACAACUAAACGCUUUGCAAAUUGCUCAGCUCCAGGCUAUGCAAGGUUCACAGCUCGGUGGUUUGCAAGCAAGCCAGCAUGCCCCACCCUUAGGGCUGCAGCAGCAGCAACAACAGAGAAAGACAUUGUUCACACCCUACCUCCCUCAAGCAACUUUACCUGCACUACUGAACGAUGGGCAGCUUGUUGCGGGGAUUCUCAGAGUCAACAAGAAGAAUCGCUCCGAUGCAUACGUCACCACUAGCGAUCUUGAUGCAGAUAUUUUCAUCUGCGGAAGUAAGGAUCGUAACCGAGCGCUCGAGGGUGACUUGGUUGCCAUCGAGCUCCUCGAUGUCGACGAGGUCUGGGGGCAGAAACGUGAAAAGGAAGAAAAGAAAAAGCGGAAAGAUAUUACUGAUACCCGUUCAUCCGCAAACACUCAGAACGGCAAAAAUGAUACUGCGUCAUCCAGCGAUGCACAGUCCAUUGCGCCGGACGGUAGCAUCCGACGACGAGGCAGUCUACGUCAACGACCAACACAAAAGAAGAAUGACGAUGUGGAAGUUGAAGGCCAAAGCUUGCUUCUCAUGGAAGAGGAGGAGAUCAGUGAUGAGCAGAAGCCGCUCUAUGCUGGCCACGUUGUUGCUGUUAUCGAACGUAUUGCCGGCCAGAUGUUCUCCGGCACACUCGGGCUCUUGCGUCCAAGCAGCCAAGCUACCAAAGACAAGCAGGAGGCAGAAAGACACGCUCGUGAUGGCGGUCAUGGUCGAUCUGAAUCUCGUCACCAAGACAAACCAAAGAUUGUCUGGUUCAAGCCGACUGACAAGCGUGUGCCAUUGAUUGCCAUCCCUACCGAGCAAGCCCCACGAGAUUUUGUCGAGAAGCAUAUGGACUACGCCAACCGAAUCUUCGUUGCAUGUAUUAAGCGCUGGCCCAUUACUUCUCUACACCCGUUCGGUACACUCGUCGAGCAGCUUGGGGAGAUGGGAGACCUUCGCGUCGAGACCGACGCUUUACUUCGCGACAACAACUUUGGAUCCGAUGAAUUUUCGGAUGCUGUUUUGAAGAGUGUGGGAUGGGACGACUGGUCUUUGCAAUCGGAGGGCGAGCAGGCUUUGGCCGGUCGCCGUGAUCUCCGCAACGAGCGCAGUUUCACCAUCGAUCCCAAUGGCACUAGUGAACUCGACGAUGCCCUCCAUAUCAAGCCACUCGGUGACGACUUGGUAGAACUUGGUAUCCACGUUACAGAUAUUGCGCACUUUGUGAAGGCGAACUCCUUGGUCGACCGGGAGGCGAAGAAACGAGGGACCGGGGUCUACCUUGUGAACCGUGCAGUCAACAUGCUCCCGCCCAGACUAUCUUCUGGAGUAUGCUCACUUCUACCCGGAGAGGGGCGUCUCACAGUCAGUGUGAUUUUCAACGUCCACACUGAGACUGGAAAGAUCGAAGGCGAACCCUGGAUUGGGAAAUCCAUCAUUCAGAGUUCUGGCAAGCUGGCAUACCGUGACGUUGACGCCGUCAUUAAGGGAGAUGGCAAUAUCGACUUGCAUGGCGCUACGGUUGAGGAUAUCAAGACUCUUCAUACCGUCGCCAACAAGUUCCGAGAAGCUCGAUUUGGUCAUCGCUCCGCCAACAUUUCUCCGCUUCGGUUGUUGUAUCAACUUGACGACGAGAAUGUACCAGUUGAGCAGAACAUUUUCAAUACCUCUGCCGCACACGAAAUUGUGGAAGAGAUCUGCUGCAAGGCGAAUUUCUUCGUGGCUCAGAAGAUUUUCGCCGCCAUCCCCGACAAGGCUCUUCUCAGACGACAAGCGCCGCCGAAUCCGAGACGUCUGCUGACGUUUGCCGAUCGGAUGACUCGAGCCGGCUACGAGAUCGACGCCACCAGCAGUGGCACUUUGCAGAAUAGCCUGUUCAAGGUGGAAGAUGCAGAUCUGCGCAAGGGUAUGGAGACUCUUUUGGUCAAGACCUUGCAACGUGCAAAAUACUACAUCGGCAACCAGCUGUCGGAGGAACAGCGUCAGCAUUAUGCCUUGAAUCUACCGAUCUACACACACUUUACCAACCCUAGUCGUCGUUAUGCUGACAUUGUCGUGCAUCGUCAACUGGAGGCGGCCCUGACGAAUGGUGAAUUUACGGAAGAUCUGGAGAGCCUGGCCAAGACUACGGAACAAUGCAACAACAAGAAGGAUUCCGCCCAUUCCGCCCAAGAACAGUCCGUUCAUAUUGAGUCUUGCAGACUUAUGGACAAGGAGAGUCAGGAGCUUGGCGGCGAUUUGGUCAGCGAGGGCAUUGUCAUCUGUGUCUACGAAUCGGCCUUUGACGUCCUGAUACCCGAGUAUGGGUUUGAGAAACGCGUUCAUUGUGAUCAGCUGCCACUGAAAAAGGCCGAGUACCGCAAGGACGAAAGAGUACUCGAACUUUACUGGGAAAAGGGUGUGCCCUCGUCUGCAUAUAUUCCCGAAGACGAGCGACCUCGAGCCUCGGCGAGCACCAAGGGCCCGAACGGCGCACGCGACUCGCAGACUGCCAAAGAACGUGCCAAAGAACGAUUCGAAGCACAGCGAAAGCAAACCGACAGCAACACCAUAUCGACUGACGACGUCGAUGCUUUGUUUGACGACGAGGACACUACCUCUGAGAUUACUGAGAUGACGGCCGGAGUCUCGCUCAACUCUCCUGUUGACCGCUCUACUCAGAGUCUUCCGCCAUCUCCAAGCCGCAACGGAUCGUCGUCCCAAGGACCGACACGAACCCAAUCCGACUCCAGAAUUGCCAAGUCGGGAGGUGACAUUCCAGAAAACCACCUGUCGGACAAGGAGAAGUAUCUCAGCUACUUCAAACUUCGAGAAGAAGGCGGCGAGUACAUUCAGGAUGUUACCGAAAUGACCCGAGUGCCAGUCAUCUUGAAGACGGACCUAACCAAGAGUCCUCCGUAA